CUUUCCAUUCUCAGCUUCGCGGAUAUCACCAUUGUCUGUCCAAAGCUCCCUCAAACUAAAAGAGAAAGAAAGAAAAAAAGCCCCAGAAUUCUCAUCUCCAAACAACAAUUAUGGCCCAGAAUGGAGAAGGAAAGGAUAGCCAAAAUCUCAGGCAUCAAGAAGUAGGCCAUAAAAGCCUUCUGCAAAGUGAUGCACUCUACCAGUACAUCCUGGAAACCAGCGUGUAUCCAAGAGAGCCAGAGCCCAUGAAAGAGCUGAGAGAACUGACAGCAAAGCAUCCAUGGAAUAUUAUGACUACAUCUGCUGAUGAAGGGCAGUUCUUGAACAUGAUUAUCAAGUUGAUCAAUGCCAAGAAAACCAUGGAGAUUGGAGUUUACACUGGUUACUCACUUCUGGCUACAGCUCUCGCUCUUCCAGAAGAUGGGAAGAUAUUGGCCAUGGAUAUUAACAGAGAAAACUACGAAUUGGGUCUGCCCGUGAUCGAAAAGGCUGGUGUGUCCCAUAAAAUUGACUUCAGAGAAGGCCCUGCUUUGCCAGUGCUUGAUGAGUUGAUUGAAGAUGACGAGAACCAUGGAAGUUUUGAUUUCAUCUUCGUGGAUGCUGACAAGGACAACUAUCUCAACUACCACAAGAGGAUAAUCGAGUUGGUCAAGGUUGGGGGAUUGAUUGGGUACGACAACACCCUAUGGAACGGCUCCGUGGUGGCUCCACCAGAUGCUCCAAUGAGGAAGUACGUGAGGUACUACAGGGACUUCGUCUUGGAGCUCAACAAAGCCCUGGCCGCUGAUCCCAGGAUCGAGAUCUGCAUGCUCCCCGUUGGCGACGGUAUCACCCUGUGCCGCCGCGUCAGCUAAUUAAUUUCCCUACUAAACCCUGCGGAAAGUUGGGAAUCAAAUGCAAAUGAAAAAUAGCCCAACACCUACUUCUUUUGCUUCUUUUUUGUUUUUGGGACCCUUUGUAUUUUACUACUGCUAUUUGUUUAUUCUGUGGGACGCUGUUAUAUUUGUAAUUUUCUUUGUACUGAGAAUAAUUAUUACUAUAUGAAUCUCACUACUGUUUACGGCAACUGGCAAGGACUAGUUGCCUUUUCGUGGUA